CCUGGAUGAUGAUCCUCUGCGCGGCGCGGCUCCUCCUCCCCGCCUCGGCCCGGCCCGGCCCGGCCUGCUUCGUGGGCCGAGCGAGCCUCCCUGAAGUGGGGCGGGGUGGGAGAACCGGUUUCCUCUGCGCUCUCUCAUUGGCCAAGGUAGGAGCUCUCUCGCUUCCUCUCCUCCCCGGCUCUUUUCCCUCCCGAGCGAUGCUCAGCGGCGCUGCCGCCCUCCAGCGCCUGACGCGGGGCCUGCUGCUUCGCCCUCGCCGCCCGCUCCGCGGGGUUAGGUGAGAGCGGCUCGUCCCGGGCGGUGGGGCGGAGGGGCGCGAGUGUGUCUGGUUGGGUUUCCAAGUCUUCCUUCCCUGCCAGGCCAACCCGGUGAAACGCCGCCUCGCCGCCUUUGCACAGGCGUGCCCUUGUUGCGAGUCCUUGCGACAUCCCGCCAACCUGCUGGCGAAGCUGGGCUGAGGGAGAGCUGCCCUAGUAGGUCCUCAUCUAGCUCCGUGUUGCCUGCACUGGCUGGCAGAGGCUCUCCAGACGUUUUCUGAUGUUUAUAUGCGCGCUGGAAGCCGCCCAGAGUGGCUGGAAUGGACGGGGUAGAAGUAAUAAUAAUAAUAAUAAUUCAGACUAGGGUCUCCCUCACAGCUAGAAAUAAGGGACAACAUGUGGUGUGGACGACCUGCUUUAUUAUUAUUAUAAUUAUUAUUAUUAUUCAGACUAGGGUCUCCAUCGCAGCUGUCCGCUGGAGAGGCCGGGGAUUGAACCUAGAACCUCGUGCACGCAAGGAAAUGCAACAAAAAGUCUGCCAAAGCGUGGCGAUACCAGGAAUCAAGUGUGACUAGAAAUAAGGGACAUCCUGUGGUGUGGAAGACCUGCAUUAUUAUUAUUAUUAUUAUUAUUAAUGCUUUUCAGGUUAAUACUUGGCACUGAUUUUACAAUCAUUUUAACAUUUCAAAAACUUCCUUCCCCCUCAUUCUGCGGUUCCUUAAAUUUUUAAUAUCUUCUGCAUAUCAAAAUUAAUUUAAUUUGCUCAUUUAUUCAUCUACUGUACUUUAAAUGUAUACAGUGGUGCCCCGCAAGACGAAUGCCUCGCAAGACGGAAAAACCGCUAGACGAAAGGGUUUUCCGUUUUGAAGUUGCUUCGCAGGACGAAUUCCCCUAUGGGCUUGCUUCGCAAGACGAAAAUACCUUGCGAGUCUAGAAAUUUUUUUUUCGCUUUCCCCCCCCUUUAUCUAAUCUGCUAAGCCUUUAAUAGCCUUUAAUAGCCUUUUAGCAGCUAAUCCCCUAAGCCUUUAAGCCUUUAAUAGCCGCUAAACAGCUGAUAGCGCUAAUAGCGCUAAUCCGUCAAUGGGCUUGCUUCGCAAGACGAAAAAACCGCUAGACGAAGACUCUUGCGGAACGGAUUAAUUUCGUCUUGCGAGGCACCACUGUACUCUGGUUGUUGUUUAGUUGUGUCCGACUCUUUGUGACCCCAUGGACCAGAGCAUGCCAGGCCCUCCUGUCUUCUACUGCCUCCCGCAGUUUGGUCAAACUCAUGUUGGUAGUUUCGAUAACACUGUCCAACCAUCUCAUCCUCUGUCGUCCCCUUCUCCUUGUGCCCUCCAUCUUUCCCAACAUCAGGGUCUUUUCCAGGAAGUCUUCUCUUCUCAUGAGGUGGCCAAAGUAUUGGAGCCUCAGCUUCAGGAUCUGUUCUUCCAGUGAGCACUCAGGGCUGAUUUCCUUAAGAAUGGAUAGAUUUGAUCUUCUUGCAGUCCAUGGGACUCUCAAGAGUCUCUUUCAGCACCAUAAUUCAAAAGCAUCAAUUCUUCGGCGAUCAGCCUUCUUUACAGUCCAGCUCUCACUUCCAUACAUCACUACUGGGCAAAUCAUAGCUUUAACUAUACAGACCUUUGUCGGCAAGGUGAUGUCUCUGCUUUUUAAGAUGCUGUCUAGGUUUGUCAUUGCCUUUCUCCCAAGAAGCAGGUGUCUUUUAAUUUUGUGACUGCUGUCACCAUCUGCAGUGAUCAUGGAGCCCAAGAAAGUAAAAUCUCUCACCGCCUCCAUUUCUUCCCCUUCUAUUUGCCAGGAGGUGAUGAGCCCAGUGGCCAUGGCCUUAGUUUUUUUUUAUCUUGAGCUUCAGACCAUAUUUUGCGCUCUCCUCAUUCACCCUCAUUAGAGGUUCUUUAAUUCCUCCUCACUUUCUGCCAUCAAAGUUGUGUCAUCUUCAUAUCUGAGGUUGUUGAUGUUUCUUCCGGCAAUCUUAAUUCUGGCUUGGGAUUCAUCCAGCCCAGCCUUUCGCAUGAUGAAUUCUGCAUAUAAAUUAAAUAAGCAGGGAGACAAUUGUUUUAUAAGAGUGGAAUACCUGCUUUAAGCCCGGAUGGGGGAGGGGCUCCCUGCCUCAGUGGGGCCCACUGCCCACAACUGCCUUGCACCCUCCUUUUUAAAAAAGUUGCUGGGUCCAUUAUACCGUAUUUUUCGCCCUAUAGGACGCACUUUUUCCCCUCCAAAAAUGAAGGGGAAAUCUGUGUGAGUCCUAUGGGGCGACCCCUCUCACUCUCCAGGCUUCAGGAAGCUAUCAGCAAGCCUGGGGAGGCCGCGGGAGUUCCCGCAGGGCUCCCCACGCUGCGGAUAGCAGCCUGCCGCCCGGCGCGCAAAGCGCCCUGAAGCAGAGCACGCCGGGCAGACAUCGGCCAGCCCCACAAGCUCGGGGGACAGCGGGGAGGCGCAGCGCCGCCAUCCUGCUGUUUCCCGAAGUGGUUUUGGGGGGAAAAUAAAGGAAAUUCCCCCCCUUUAUUUCCCCCCCAGAAAACUAGGUGCGUCCUAUGGGACGGAGCAUCCUAUGGGACGAAAAAUACGGUAAUUUCCUCAGAUGCCCUGGAGCGUUGGAGGCAGCAGUGUGCUCUUGCUCUUGCUGUGCUCCCUGGUUUCCCACAGGUAUCCUGUUGGCCGCUGUGAGAACAGAAUGCUGGACUAGAUGGGCUGUUGGCCUCAUCCAGGGGCAAAACUAGGCUUUAUUUCACCCUGGUCAAAGACCCAGUUUGGCACCCACCCACCCCAUGCACAUUUAUGGACACACGCACAGGCUGAGACCUUCAAUGGCGCCCCUCUGGAGGCUUCAUCUGAAGCCAAACAAAAAUUACCACACACACACCCAUAACUCCGGCUCUUCCUCAUCCAGCAGGUUAUUCUUAUGUUCUUACGUAAUAAGUGCCGAGUGUGGUUCAUCCCCAUUAAGUAGCUCCCAGGUGUUAAGUUGGGAGCCAUAGAGCAAGCAGAAGCAAUUGGGGAGUUGUUCUGCUUCUGUUUGUUUCAAAUCCCUAUACAACAUGAGGGGCCUCUCCACUUUGCAGGGUUUCUUGUGAAUUGCUGAGAUGGGAUUUGUGUGCUUGCUGAGCAUCCUGCCCAGGUCAGGGCGACCUAGUGAUCAAAUUUCAGAAGUCUGAUGGUUGCUGGGAUACUUUGCAGAUUAAAAAUUCUACAGGUGUUGUCAGCGAUAACAAAAAGUGAAUGCCUCUGAUUUGGCUCCUGUGCAAAACGUUUCGCCUAGCAAGUUUUAAUUUGAGGAACUGCUAUGUACAGCUUGAUAUCUUCCCCUCAGUGCUACAGGGCUUACUGUGUGUGUUUGAUAGCUGCCUAUUAAGUAUUAUUUGUAAUGUAAGUAGUGGUGUGAAAUGCAACUCCCUUAUCCCAUAUGUCCUUACUAUUUUCAUUUUAUGUUCAUCAGUUUUUUAAAAUAGCCUUUGGAGAAUGUCUGUUGCUUCCUGUAUGACAGUGGUCCUAUUUAGUCCUAUUUAAAAAGAGUUGAAUGGCAGCAUCACAGUAUGGUUAUGUCCAUACCUGAUGCUGUCAAGUGUGUGGAUGGGAUAUCAUUGCCAAUGAAAAACUCCUGCAGGACUUUAGCACAACACAUAGUUGUUUUUAUUUCUAUUUAAAUGAAUAUGUCUGCCCUCUCCUUUUUCUGAUGCUUAAAUCAAUUUAACAUCACACAAAAAAUAUUAUAAUACAAAGAAUAAAACAGUUCAAAUAUGCAACAUGAAAUCCUUUUAAAAACAACAACUGCAGAGAUCACGAGUAAAAGCAACCGCUGCAGGCAAAAGCCUGAUGGAGUGAAAAUAUAUUUACCAUGUUUUUAAUGUGCAAUUGUCAAGUGGUUUACAUAACUGCACAGAGGUUUUUGCAAGAGCAACUGCAAAAAAAAAAACACAACACACACCCUACUAAUUAUAAUUUGGUUGAAUAAGUCUAUGGGUGUCCAUUUUGUAUUGUUUUUAAAUUUCAUAUUCUGUUUCCGUGUAACUGUUUUUUAGAUGUUUUAUUAUGUUAUAUAUACCUUGAGGUAUCUAUUUGGAAGGCUAUUAAUAAAUAAGAAUUAAUUAAUUAAUAAACAACAACAACAAGCAAGCUGGUAAGCGAAUGGGGUAGCAAGUAAUGUUUCAGAGGAGCACCCAUUACUCCUAAGAAUAGAGCAGGACAUUCUCCAAAAUCUUGGAAAUUCACAUGUCAUCAUUGACUUGCAUAUAGGAGCUUGACUUUGAAGAAAGCUAUCUGCAACAGAGUAUGAUAUUGGGGGGGGGGGGAGGGUGUGCAGGCAAAAAACACAACUCCACUGUUAAUUUUUCAAAAAGUAACCUGCAUGGCAGCUGAGCAGAAAUGUGAAUCUGUAAUAGAUUAGCCUGGGAUUAAAUGGUAUGUAACCUUAGUAGUGGAACAUCCAUGUGUAGCUUGAACGUUUGUUGGAAUGUGAGCCAGCGGAGAUGAGCCUACAUUAGGGUAUCAACUGAUUUCCAUGGGUGGACCAACACUUUUCUGGGGCUGUAAUUCCAGCAUUUCUUAUCGUAAUAUAUUGUUAUUCUAUCAAUGCAAAUAAGGAAUUUUAGGAUGCUUCAGCUACACCCACUUUCUUUCACGAUUAGCUUGAGCUUUUCACGACUUGCUGUGUUGUUUUCCAUAGCUGUAAACUUCACCCAGCAAGUAGUCCAGAGAACCCUGCUGUUUACGUGAUUAGUUACUCCGAGAUGAAAGAGAGGUGAAUCAUUCAUGAGCAGCUGAAUCUUGCCAGGAAAUGAUGAUUCCCCUGCAAAACCCAGUUCAACUUCUGAUUGACUUCUUUACUGCGCAAAAAAUAAUAAUCAAAAAUCAAAAUCAGAUUCAAGUAAGCAGUUCAGAUUGUUGAAUGUGGUAAAGUAAUAUGGGAUAGUAUGAACAUGUAGGAGGGAAGGAUGCUGCAGAUGUAAAUUUAGCACCAGUUCAGUCCGCGUUAAAUAUAACACAUUUUCAGGACUAUUAAGCUGUAUGUGUUGGGCUGCUACUAUUUCUUUAUCAUUUGUUGUUAAUGGGUUUACACUGUGUUUUUGUAACCCACCAUGGCAGUGUACAACAAAUCAAAAACAAAACAGCAUAAACACAUUAAAAUCAGCAGUAAAGGAUAAUAAAAAAACAUUAAACAAGCAACACCGUUAGGGAAUUUUAAAGGCCAAAUGAAAAUAUGUGGCUUGGCACCUUUUCUAAAAGCAGAGAUAGAUGCAGUGGUUCUCAAACCUUUAUCUCUGGGCCACACUUUCAGAAUAAAAAUUUGCUCGUGCCACACUGAUUUUUUUUAUUGAUAACAAAUACAUUGGUGGGAAAAAGAAGCAACUCCCGGCAGUGCUUGAUUUAUAACAUUGAACACAAUUCCUUAAUAAUAAUAAUAAUAAUAAUUUUUUAUUUAUAUCCCAUCCUCCCCAGCCGAAGCCGGGCUUAGGGCGGCUAACAACAUGAGACAUCCAGAAAGUAUAAAAUAAUGCAGCUACAUAAAAGCAAUAAUUCCUCCCAAAAUUUAAUUACAAACAAGCCUCUUGCAUUAAUUACCUUAAAUAUGUAUACAAACUCAAUGAGAGGUGUGAGCUUGCUUUUGCCGGAUAAUCUCAUUUAUAGUAGGUCUAAUUUGAGACGGACUCUCAACUCCUCAUCAACACAGAGAAUUAUUUCUCUUUUCUAAUCUUUCAUAUUUGUUGAAGUUGAAAAUCCCAUCAAGAACUGUAGAAGAAUAGCCAAUGCUAUUCUCCAGCACUCUGUUCGAGGGUGAUUUUGGAUCACAACUAGGAUUGUCCUCCGUAUCACUUGAUGCUAUUGCUCUCAUUUUGUAAAGAUGUCUAUCCAUAUUCUGCAAAAUAUAAAUAAAUUAUACUAUACUAUUCUAUACUACACUGAAAUGUUUAAAUCAGGGUUUCCCAACCUUGGGUCUCCAGCUGUUUUUGGACUACAACUCUCAUCCAUAGCAGGACCAGUGGUCAGGGAUGAUGGAAAUUGUAGUCUCAAAGCAUCUGGAGGGCCGAGGUUGAGGAAGCCUGCGGUAAGGUGAGCACAUUGAAAAUGCACCACUGGAGCCAAUCCAUUGCCUUUGUGUUUUCACCAUGCCACCUUUCCCACCGCCUCUUCUCUCCUAGUAAGCACCUCCACACCAUCCACUACCAGCUUUCACUAAUCAUAGUUAAGAUUAAACACAGUUUAGUGUUCAGAUGACACGCUAAACUGCUGUUGAUCUUAAAUGGAAGUGAAAUCUUCCAGUCUCCUCAUGGCCCUUACAGAUGGGAGGGAGGUGUGUUGGGUCUAUGGCAUGACUCUUGCUCUGUAAAUAUUUUGUAAAGAUAUCUAUCCAUAUUCUGCAAAAUAAAUAAAAAAACCACGUACUAUUCUGUACUACACUGAAAUGUUUAAAUCAGGGUUUCCCAACCUUGGGUCUCCAGCUGUUUUUGGACUACAACUCCCAUCCCUAGCAGGACCAGUGGUCAGGGAUGAUGGGAAUUGUAGUCCAGAAACAGCUGAUUUAAAUGUUUAUUUGAUUGUCCUUGAAUCUUCCCGCCACAAUUGCCAUUCUCCCUUGCCACACCAAUGUGGCACGCCACACCCUUUGAGAACCACUGCGCUAUUUCACAGUUGGAGUGACAGGAGAGAACAGCCCUCUGCAGGUGGUGGCAUCCUCAAAAGAGCCUCUUCUGUAGAUCUUAGUAACUGGACAGGUUGCAUCAUAUUUCUAAGGCAACCCAAGCCUUUGACCUAUCACCCUCUAGCUCCUCAAUGUCUUCUAGAAACCAAGUCACAGAUUCCUUGUAGUAACAUCAUGCAUUUUCCGUGAUUGUAGUCUUUUGACUAAUUUCAAAGUUAUUUUAAGCUACGAAUUCAGGGCUUAAUUACGGCAAGGAGACCUACAGAUGUUUCAGAAAAAUAAGUAAUUGUAGGGUUCAGUGUUCCAAAUCACAAUGCACAAACAGGUUUUUAGCAUAUAAUUUAUUUUUAAGCUUUAACAAAGAGGGAAAAGAAGAAAAAUUAUAGACUUGAGGUCAUGGAGCACACAGCCUUAGAAUUACCCAUUUCUCCCUGCCAAGAACUUGAGGCUGGCAUUGAGCAAGAACCUGUUUGUGCACUACCGCUGUAAAAGCUGCUUAAGCUGACACAUUUACUGCACAUUUAAUGUCACAUGUUCACAAACACAUAUCAGUGCAAACAGUAAAAGGAAGGUUGGGGAAAAUCUUCAGUCUACACAAGUGUGUGGAGCAGUAGCCUGAUAACCACCUCCCUCAUCUUUAAACUGGGAACAGGGGCAUACUUAGGGGUUCGUCAAGCUGGCCCCCAGCAAGAGUGCAGGCCCGGGGUGAGUGAGCAAAAAUUGCACCUCUGCUUGGCACCUCUGGGCCAGUCAGUUACAAGGCCUUCCUGUGGUGGUGGAGGGCGUGUGUGAGUGUGCACAUGGGUGCAAGUAGACGGCCAGGCUCUUCACCAGUCCAGGUGGCUGUAGCCGCAGAAGGCAGGCACUGGCCAGGGCAUGUGAGUCCACUCUCCCUCUCCUUCCAGGCUUGGUUAGAUGCCAUGGCUGUAGUAGCCAAGUGUCAUGGACUGGCUAGAUGCAGAGGGAUGGUGGGAGGCACCAGCUGGGGAACCCCCCAGGAGAAGAAGGCUCAGAGCCAGGAGACUGAUGGUGGGAUGACGAUGAGUGGUCAGAGGCAGACAUGGGUGUAGCCAGGAUUUUUGUUAGGCGGGGGCAGCCAAAGCUGUUGAGCCGCCGUCCUGCACUGAUGUGACGUGAAGUAGGUGCUGAUUUCCUACAAGAUCUCAUCAGAGUCUUGCAAGGUGUCAAGGAGAGCAAAAUUAUCUCAUGAGAUGAUGAUGAUGAUGAUGAUAAUAAUAAUAAUUUUUUAUUUAUAUUCUGGUUCCCUGUAACCUCACUUCUCGCAAUGAUGGAACUGCCAGAAGGCACUUGGCGCUGGAUCUCAGUGUCUGGGCUGAAUGAUGGGGGUGGAGAUGCUCCUUCAGGUAUACAGGACCGAGGCCGUUUAGGGCUUUAAAGGUCAGCACCAACACUUGUGAGUGAGAUCUUUCAAGCGCUUUCAGGGAUCCUGAACUUAGAGCUGUCAGUUCUCUGAAAGAAGGCCAGCAAGGACCCACAGCCCAGGUGGGGCCCGCUAUCUCGGGGAGGAGGUGUGUGAUUCCUCAGGUGGAGUAGGCUCAGGACGGGGGGGGUGUGUCACAUGCCUCGUCAAACCCAGAAGGUAUAAAAGGAAAGCCGUCGUGUCCUGGCCCCAGCCUGCCAGGCCAGCAGCUGGGCUGUGGGUUGCUGAGCUGUUUGCAUGGGGUCGCUGACAGGCUUGGCCCACCUGUCUGUCAGCUGCAGCCAACAGUGGUGGGCAAGAUGCCCAGGCAGUAGCUGCCUUUGCCCAAGGGCUGGGAGGAACCUAGCGAGUACAGUGGCAAAGUCUACAUCGACCACGCCACCAAAACCACCAGCUGGGUUGGCCCGCAGGACAGGUGAGAAAGGACGGCCAGGAGGAGAAGCGAGGCGGCUGAACUCCCCUGGGCCAGGAGACUUGGGGCGAAGCGUGUGGCUUCAGAUGGCUCCAUCUUGCCCCUCUUCCAGUUACGCUCAGUGGCACGCAAAGACAGGGAGCAGGGACGUGGUUGUGAGAGAGUGAGAAGAAGAGGAAUCUGAUGGACAGUGAGGGACGUGAGAACUGGGGCAGCAAGUGUGAAUUUGGGCCAGGGCUCAACUGUUUUCAGUGUCUGGUCUGAGCUCUGGGAGAUGCAAAACUGUAGUAGAGCCUCUGGGCAUGCGCAGAGUUCCUUUCCCUUGACCCUUAAGCAGCCGUAGAUUUUGUGCAUACACAGUGGGGAGCGUUGGCCCCUGCCCACUGGAGAAUAGCAUUUUUCCCCUGGGGGAGGCGCAGAUACAGCUCCUUGCCAAGGGGGCGCAAGGAACCCUAGGUACGCCUUUGACUGGAAAGGCCGCUUUCAGAGAAUCCUUUGCCUGUUACUUCUUUGGUUCGAAUCACCUCCUCCUGAGGCAGCUUCUCCUGUUAAUGAAGAGCCAUCAGGCUACCAUUGCAUAUAACAGAUAGUUUGGCCUUAAGCCAUUCCAAAUUUAAAUGUGAGCUAAAAUUAGCUAGUAUGUGGUGUUCCCGCAUACUUUCCUGUUCCCAGUAACUAUCCCCUCCUGCCUACCUUCCUAACUGUAGAGAAUCGCGAAAGCUGUUUUCUAGCCUUCUAAAAUGGCAAUGAGAGACACAAACCCAUUGAUCUAAUCAUGAAUAUCUGCCCUCCCUGACUGAGCUAAUUGGAAAGUUCUGCUGUAGGGACCGUAGUAGCCGUGUUGCACUGAACUGCUUGAAGGUUGAACUAAUGAGUUUAGUGCUCAUUUAGAAUGUGGCACAUGCAAUCCAUCUAGGAGGAACAACGUUUCCAGUGCUAAAUGUAGCACUAAGAGCUCAGUGUGAAUACAGAUAAAGUGGCGUGCAACGUCUUUUGCAAAGUGAAGGAAUGCUUUAAGAACGAUUUUUUUGCAAAGAAGAUGUACUGCAUGAUUCAUGAGCUCUCUAAUGCUGGGUUUUGGGUGGUCAUUUAUUCCAUGGGAGAAUAUUCAGGACUGUAGACUACUACCCAGAUCCUAAAUGUUUGUAGUAGUCACAUCUCCUUAGAAUUCCACUAUAGGGUAAUUUCAUAGUUACUUCAUACUUUUGUGCAACAAUUAAAAAGUUCUGUCUUUUGAACAUCAUUAGUGAUGCUGCAAGGGUUAGGAUUUGCCCAUAAGACCGCAUACAGGUUCAUAGUGGAAUUUUGAGAGCAGCCAGAUGCAAAAGUUAUGUAGAAGAGGGAAUUUCAGCAGGUAUAACUUGCUUGACAGGGGCACCUGGCCACCCUAGUGACAACGCGCUCAGUUUGCUUGAGGUGCUCGUGCAACAGAGAAUUAUUGAUCUCAAAUGUAUCAGAAAAGCAUUGUCCUUUCAGUACUGCACACAGCUGGAGAUACAGUGGUACCUCAGGUUACAUACGCUUCAGGUUACAUAUGCUUCAGGUUACAGACUCCGCUAACCCAGAAAUAGUACCUCGGGCUAAGAACUUUGCUUCAGGAUGAGAACAGAACUCGUGCUCCGGCGGCGCGGCAGCAGCAGGAGGCCCCAUUAACUAAAGUGGUGCUUCAGGUUAAGAGCAGUUUCAGGUUAAAAACAGACCUCCAGAAUGAAUUAAGUACUUAACCCGAGGAACCACUGUACUGCUUACAAGUGUUGGGCUUCAACUGGUGGAUAGUGAUCCAUGGGUGAAUUGCACCAUAGAAUGGCCGCCAUUUAUUUUCUAUGUUGGCAUGUGCUCUGUGUGAUUGAGGCAGCCUGGGCCGCAUGACGACAACAUGCCCUGCAUGCAUCCCCUGUGGCAUGCACACAUGAUGUUAACACACCCCGCACCGUGUGCACAUGCCGCAGGGCAUGCUGAUGUGCCGUUCGGAUUGCCCCCCCCCCAUUCAGCACCCCUGUUUGUUGGUUUGGUCUCUUUAAAACAAAAAACAGAAGGCGGGAAGGAUCAGGUGCAAAGGAUGCCAUUCGAACUAUUGGUAUGUGACAGUGAUAAAAAGGUGCACCCAAUGCAGCUGUUAAGGGGAACAGCUUGCGGUUCUAAUACUUGUACAGUAGAGGUGAUUGCAUCAGGUACAGAUUUCAUUAGCCUUGCAUGGCAAGCUAAACCUGCUGAAAUUCCUUCUUUAGUACAAAGGUGAAGGAGCUCUGCAGAAGAUUGACAUACACUUGUAAGUAAGCUAAAUUCAGUCCCCAGUGCCCAAACUGCAAUCAGGGUUGAAGAUUAAUGAUUUAAAAGGCAGUAGGUCCAACUGAGUUCAGUGCAGGUCUGCUUGCUUGUUCUCCCCCUGCCCCCUUCUAGGGUCUGAGGGACAGCUGUGCUGCUUCUGUUUUGCCUCUUCCUCUCUCUGUUGGUUGGUGUGUGCGUGUCUCAGAGUCUGACUUUUUGGGUCCUCUUCCCUAUUUAUCUCCUGGAGCCACUGUCAACAAUUUGUGACUACGUACACAGAGAAAUCUGCAUUAAAUGCUGGCAAUUUUUCAUUAAAAUUGUUAUUUAAUUGAGAAUUAGUGGGCUUAAUUUAUGAUUGGAAAAACGAGAAUGAGAGACUUAAUUGGCAGAUACCUCCAUCCUUACACUCGGGUAACUGAAUAGCAGGGAUGGGCCUUCCAAAUGUUGUUGGACUACAGUAUCCAUCAUGGUGUUUUUUUUAAGUGGCAUAUAAUAGUUCCAAAAUAAAAUAAAGAACCAUUGGCAACACUGCCUGGGGCUGAUGGGUUUGAAAGUCCGACAACAUCUGGAGGGUCCCAGGUUUCCCCACCCUGGUGAGUAGAAUUGCAGUCUUAGUAAGAUCUAACAACUUAAGUGGGCCUUUAGAUGUAUUUGAGAAACAAGGUAAAGGAUGUUAUCAUUUUCUGCCAUGACCCUGAAAUGACAAUUUUAAGUUUCUAGCUGUAUGGAAGUUACAAACCUAAGGAUGUGAAGGAAAAUGUAGAAUAGGUAAUCGGCAUAGGUUGUGGUGAUUUUUAGAUGUGAAAAUGUACAAGAAUGCCUUCUGAGCUGCUGUGUGGACAUCCAGUUCCUUUGGUUCUACAAGAUUGCCUUAUUUGUAAGAUUGGGGAACUCAAACCACCUUGCAAUUUGAAAAUCCUUCCCAUGCUUUUGGAAUGGGACAGAAGAAAGUACGUGUAAAUCUCCACCCACACUCAUCCUGGGUUAAUGGAGAGUGCAGAAGAAACCUGCUUUUAAAAUGGAUUUGAGAACGAUCAUGCUCUUGAUUGUAAAAAAACCCACAACUUUUAUUAAAAAACAAACCCCUACUGCGAAUCAAUGGUUUUGAGUGCCUUUCAGGGACUUUGGAUCUAUUCUAUAAACAGGGAGCUGUAUAGUCUUCAAGUAAAUAACUCACAAAUGGUUCUAUUGAACUGAGUUAGCCUGCUUUGGGUCUUGUGACUUGAAGACGGCAGUUUUACGAGAGCUCAUCUUGAAGAUGGUAGCAGUGGGUGAUCCGAGAAUACAAUUGCUAGGGGGGAAACUAAUGGACCAUGUAGUGUUAUACUAGAACUAGCAGGUAAAUGGGGUCUUUACUGCUUCAUUUGUUAGAGCUGAAAGAGUUUCUUAAGGAUUAGAUUUGUUGGGGGAAUUGAGCCGUUUGUUUUCAAUGGGAAUCCAAAAUUGCUCUUUCAAGAGCAGUAAGCAUCUGUUUUGUCAAUAUUUGGGGCCGUAAGAGUGAAACUUAUGUACCUCACUUGAAAAUGCAGGGUUCACAAUCACCAUUUACUCUUACGCCAUGUAGUUUCUAUGCUAAUGGUUUUCAAACUUGCUGUCCUCAGGGAGCCCUUUGCACAAGAACAUUUCUGCCUCAGAACUUUUUGUCUCUGUAGGUGAUUCUGGGGAAUGUCACAGAAUGCACACAAAGGCUACUUUCAAGAGCUGUUUAACUCCAUUUUAGUUAACGGUGUCUGUGGCAGGAGGGUUAUUUGUCCAGUUCCUAGCACACUUCGCAGUGAAGGUUGUCAGUCAGCCGUUAUCUUACUAAGUCAGAACAAUAAAACCACGUCUUGUCAGGUAACCAAUACAGUGGUACCUCAGGUUAAGUACUUAAUUCGUUCCGGAGGUCUGUACUUAACCUGAAACUGUUCUUAACCUGAAGCACCACUUUAGCUAAUGGGGCCUCCUGUUGCCGGCGCGCCGCCGGAGCACGAUUUCUGUUCUCAUCCUGAAGCAAAGUUCUUAACCUGAAGCACUAUGUCUGGGUUAGCGGAGUCUGUAACCUGAAGCAUAUGUAACCUGAAGCGUAUGUAACCUGAGGUACCACUGUACUUGGGAUCUGAAAAACCCGGAAACUUCCAAGUUUUGUCCUGGCUCCGCUCCCAGAUUGCCAAGUUCUUUACAAACCCUUCCUGUCCUGGUGGUGGCUCCUGUACCCUUCAAAGAGACCGUAUUUUUUAAAAAAUAAGAAGUUGGCAAAUUAAUUUGUAAUUUUCAAGCCUGUGUGGUGAAGUGCCUAGAAUGCCAGGCAUCAGAGACCACAGUUCAAAUGCCCAAUGGGCUUGAAACUCACUGACCUUGGGCCAGUCAUCAACAGUCAACCUGAUCCUAGAAUUGUAGAGUUGGAAGGGACCUGAGAGUCAUCUAGUCCAACCCCCUGCAAUGCAGGAAUCUUGGCUAAAGCAUCCAUGACAGAUGGCCAUCUGCUGCUUAAAACCCUCUGGAGAGGCCACCACCUCUUGAGACUGCUGAACAGUUCUUACUGUCUACCUCACAAGGUUGUUGCUAAGAUAAUAUUGAGAGUGGGAGAACCGUAUAUGCUGCCUUGAGCUCCUUAGGAGGAAAGUUGGGAUGUUGUUGUUUAGUCAUUUAGUCGUGUCUGACUCUUCGUGACCCCAUGGACCAGAGCACGCCAGGCACUCCUGUCUUCCGCUGCCUCCUGCAGUUUGGUCACACUCAUGCUGGUAGCUUCGAGAACACUGUCCAACUAUCUCGUCGUCUGUCGUCCCCUUCUCCUUGUGCCCUCCAUCUUUCCCAACAUCAGGGUCUUUUCCAGAGAGUCUUCUCUUCUCAUGAGGUGGCCAAAGUACUGGAGCCUCAGCUUCAGGAUCUGUCCUUCCAGUGAGCACUCAGGGCUGAUUUCCUUAAGAAUGGAUAGAUUUGAUCUUCUUGCAGUCCAUGGGACUCUCAAGAGUCUCCUCCAGCACCAUAAUUCAAAAGCAUCAAUUCUUCGGCAAUCAGCCUUCUUUAUGGACCAGCUCUCACAAAGUUGGGAUACAAAUGUAAUAAAUAAGUAACUUCAGUGAUUUCGGAAGUUAAAAAAAGAACCUGAAUCUGAAAUGCCUUUCCUUGUUUUAAUUUACCAGUUGGCUUCAGCUAGGGGUGAUUAAAGGUUUAUGCUUUCUCAUUCUUACUCUCACUAAAUACUAAUUAUUCCUUAGACUCUUUGUAGUCAUUGCAUCCUCUUAAAUUAAAAUAGUUUAGACAGAUGUAGUGGACGAGAAAGGUAAUUAGAAGAGGAUGCGGGGAGAGGGGAGAUGGCGUCCCAGGUUCUGGAAGCAAAUAUAAGAAAUCUUGUGCUUUGCCUUUUUUCCUCUCCGAGGGCAGGACUGCUGCUGAAGAGAAGGUGCGUGCCAGAACUCGUUAUUUCUAUGCUUCCUAAUUGCAGAGAGAGAGAGAGAAAUAGCCAAAACAAGAUGACAGUAUACCAACUAAUUGAUUAUUAAAGAAUUAUCUUUUUAAUAUAAAAGCCUUCCCUAACAAAAGCUUGACACUGUGGAACUCAGGCCUGAGGAAAGAUCAUUAAAAGGAUAAAAGAGAAUCUGCUUUUCUGCUUCAGAAUAUAUUGACAAGAUUGUCUGGCGGGCAUGCUAUUCAUUUGAUAGGAUUAUCUGUAAUAGGAUUAUGAACCAUGAGAUCUAGCUGUGAAUUUAUCCUGGAAAAAGAAGAACAAGAAGUGUUUCCUUUCCUGAAAAAGAUGAUCUGCUGAAAUUAUGCUUUUCAGCCAAAUACGCCAAGGGAAUGGUCACACAAACCUUUCACUUGUUUAUUUUUCGUUCACACUCCUACAUAGGUUUGCAUUCAUGAGCACCAGCUUCAAAAGAAGUGGGAAACUCUAACUGUUGCUUGAAAUAUUGAUCAUGCACAAUGAAAUUAGGUGCAGAGAUGGGCAUUUCCUGUCUUUGUAAGGCAACAAGUCCAUUGCAAUGCAACACCCACUUUUGUCUCAUAAGGAUUUCCUGCAAGAUGAAGAAGGGUUGUUGGUUGUCAUCCGUCUGCCUCGGGAGACAAUGGAAGAAUGCACUUUUUGGGAAGAAAGAUAUGUACAUGCCUUGUAUCUCCCCCGCUUGGACCAGCUGCCUAGCUGAUACUUUGGGGUGGCGCACAGAAAGUUGUAAUCUGAACUCACUGUUCCUGUUGGAAGAGCUUUGAGAAGGUACCUAUGGACCUUUCUGCUCUCCUUGCAUGAACUUAGAUCAUCUCCUUCCAGGAGCAGAGGACAUCUCUUCACACUGCUCCACAAGUUCCAGCCAUCUGCUGGAGAGAGAUUGUGGGUAAAGGGAGCAUAGCCGGCUGCAUCCUGUUUUGUUCAUUGCACAUACCAUCAUACCACAAUAGUCCUCUAGAUUUUGUAGUAUAAUUUCCUGAUUGGAUCACCUCCAGCUAGCAUUACCCAAUAUUUUUUCUGCUGUAAGCUCUGUGCAGAAUUGUGAUUGAUUUUUCCACACUUCAUGGGCAGCGGGUAAUAGUGAUUUGUUUACGUUUACAUCCCAUGAUGUUCGGUCUACAUUGGUGGGCAUAUCAUAGCUGUGUAGGUGGGAAAGGGAUACCAUUUUAAAAUAAGGUUUUAUUAUAAGCUAUUGUAAGUUUAAGUUAAGUCUGCUGCAACUGGAUUUCUUAUGGACAGUGCCAAUCCUGAAUGUGUUGAAUUUGUAACCAUUAUGCUCAUUUGCCUUCAGUAAAGCUCUGCUGGAUGCAAUAUUAAUUGCCUCUGGUCUAUUUUUUAGGAAUCCUGCAGCGUGUUUUAAGAUUUUACUCUGCUAACUAUACACUGGAGUUCUCCUCUGGUUCCAUAUUGAGUAGACUUCCAUGACAUGUCCUGCCAUACACCCCAUUCAAGCCACCUCUCGCAAAAACUGUUGUAUGAUUCAGUGUGGGAAGCUUGGAAAGUUUGUUACUCGCUAGACCAGUGGUGUCCAAACUUUUUUCAAAGAGGGCCAGAUUUGAUGAAGUGAAGGGCCAUGAGUGCCGACCAAAGUGGAUGACCUUUUUUUAGGAUUGAAGUUUUUGACAUUUUUUAUGAAUUUACCCCAAAGUUGUUUUAGGAUUGAGGUGGUUGAGCUUUUUUUAGGGUUGAAGUUUUUAAAAGGAUUUUACCCCAGGAAAUAAACUGCCACAGGGGCCGGAUUAAGCCGACUGUCGGGUCGGAUUAGGCCCCCGAAACGAACUUUGGACAUUCCUGCACUAGACCAUGCUUGACUAUCGCGUGCAAAGCUUUUGGAAAGUCCCAUUAAACUGCUGAACAUUUCCCUGUGUGACUUGGCACAGUUGCUUAAGAGAACAGCCAGCUUUGCUGCAGAGCAUAGGCUGCAAUCUUAAAACACAUUUACCAGGGAGUAAGCCUCGUUGAAAAUUGAGUGAACGUGCAUAGGUUUGCCUUUGUAGUGCUUUUUUUUUUUUUUAAUGACACCCUAGCUGUAUAGGAUCUUAGGCUAUGUCGAUGAUAAAUUCUGUAAGCAGGGACUCGCUAUCAUGCACAUAAUUACACUCUCUUGCAAUUUCCCAGCAGUUUCCCCAGCUAAGCAAUCACUCCUGCUGUGCAGUUCUUUUUGAAAGCUCUUUGUAUUGGAUUAAGGCCUUUAGUAGCCUUUUAGAAAAUUGCUUUGAUUCUGCCUGGCAUCGUGGAAGGUCAAUAGUCUCUUGAUAAGACUAUAUCCCCCUUGGGGAAUGGGGUAGCGGGUUUUUUUGUGUUAAAUGUUCUCUUCAGGGAGAAGUCACCAUCCUGCUGUUAGGUCCCUGGUAGAAGUGCCUUCUAAAAACCAAGGAUGUCUUUAUUUAUUAAUUAGGGAUUAACUGCCAAAUAGAAGCUUGUUGUGUUAUAUGGAGAUAAACCGAAUUAUUUUAAAGCCAUUACAAGAGUGCCUAAUGAGGUAAAUAAGGCUAACUGCCCAGAAUUAUAAUGAAGUGGCCUGAGAGCCAGGAUAAUAAAGAACACGUGUCUGUGAUAUAGUUGAAAAGGGGAAUGCUUUUAAUCUUGCCAAGAAUACAAUUUUUAGAAUGCGGGUUUUUUGGUUUUUUAAGGUUUCACUUGCUACUAAUCGAUGCACCUCUAUAGUUCUGACAUUCUCCAUGCAUUCAUUUUGGGAAGAUUUCGAUGGGACAGAGAUUCUUGGCGUUCUUGCUGUAGUAUUUAGAAGGCCAAAUGCUGAACAGAAAUACUUAAAGCAAUGGUGUCUCCCCUGCUUCCCUCACCUGAUUCAGUCAGUGUUUUAAUCCAAAUUACGAGCAAAUACACCAUUGCAAUUUGCUGACGAGACAGGGCUCAGCACAGAAGCAACCUAGGCACAUGAGUCAAGGAUUGGGAACCCCUAGAGCUCUAGAUGAUGUCAGAUUCCAACUCCCAUCAACCCCAACCAGCGUGGACCAGUGGUCAUGGAUAGUGGGAAUUCUUGGAGGCCACAGAUUCCUUGUGUGUGAAAUGUGAGUGGGGCAGGGUAGGAGGAAGAAGAACCCUUGUCUUCUCUCUCGUUUUCAUUCACUGGCCUGAAAGCAAAACAGAAACUCCAGCGGGACUUCUUAUUUUUUGGAGGGGUCUGUAUGGAAUUCCUACUUGAACGACAUCCCUUUCAUAUACGUUUUGCUCCUUUUUGCUAGCGUCCCAACAAAAUCCAUGAGUUAAUGUUUACACAGAAGAUUGGCUUACAUACCGGUAAUCUUGUCCAAAGGUUAAUUGGACUGCAGGUUUCGCCAUGAUUUUCCAUGCAGCCUUUUUUGUACUUAUUAACUGGUCUUGUAUUUGAAGGCUUUUGAACACUUGACGAGUAAGUAACUUAAGUGUUGAUUUUACGAUCCACUGAAGAUUUGAAUGCAAGAACUGAAUUGAUUUUAUUUCCUUUCUCUCUCCCCGCCCCAGCAGUCCAGUGUGUGGCCUUCAUUUCCCUGCGCUACAAUUACACACUACUAAAUCUACCAUGAAGUUCAGCCAGGAAGACUUUGAAAAGGCCAGAGAGCAGCUGAAGCUUUUGAAGACGGAUCCUGGCAACCAAGUCAAACUGAAUAUUUAUGCAUUGUUUAAACAGGUAGCUCUGUCCAUUUUCAGUCUGUAAAAUGAAAAUAGCUGCAUUGGAGAAAUGUUUGUUGGAACAGUUUGGCUAAGCCAGUCUGCAGUUUCAACCAAAGGGUUGCUUAAAAAUGCACAGUCCAUUGCACAAAGUGUGCUUUUCUUUUAAAAACUGCUAGUUUAUCAAGCUGAAGCAAGCUUUUCCUAGUUGCUCUCUUGAAUUUCUCUUAAACCCCGUUUGCACCUCUGGACUCUACAAGCAUAUGUAACAAGAGAACUCAUUCAUUUGGUGCUGCUUCCUCGCACAGGAAAAGUCCCACAGAUGUUGGAAAUGAUAGUAUAUUAAUGUGUUAGUUGUAUAUAUUUAGUUAUGGGGAAGGAGUCUCUGGAAUCCUUACUAUGAACCCCUGUUGACAUCUUUGGAUCUGGUCCUUCUCUGCUUACCUCAUGUUAUGAGGCAGAGUAAUUCAACAGCCAGGGAGAGAGGCCUUUCUUGCACUUUCCCUAUGAACUCCCUGUGGAAGUCACAACUAUCUCCAUUUUGGCCUUCCAAAGGACUGCGAGACCUGCAUAUAUUUCAGUUGACUUUUAAGAGGCUUUGAUGAGGCUGUGCUCUGAACUGCAUGGAAGAACAGAGAAAUCUUAUUGCAGUAGUGGGUGUAUCAAGUGGAAUUGAGACUCCAAACAUUUGUUGCGUGCCUUUUGUUGAUUUCAUCAGAAUGUUUAGUAUAGGGUGUAUUUGAUUUAAAUCAAAUUGAUUUAAAUCACCAGUCAGUAAGACUUGAUUUAAAUCUUUCUUUCUUUUUACAGAAAGACUCAUUCUUGCUGGUAUAAUCUUAAUAUUUAAAACUGAAGGUUUCAUUUUUGGAAUAAUAAAUUUUCAGAGUAGUUUUUGCAGUUAUAUCAAUAAUUACUGAUUUGGUUAUACUAUUAGAAAUACAUUGACAGAUAAUUAUGAAAUUAUAGUGAGGUUUAAUCAGUUAACUGUUUAUAUUUGGACAGCUUUUCUGCUGUACUUUAUUGGACGGAAAAAUAAUCAUUAGUAACAAUUUAAACAAUUUGUUUAACUAAAACAAUAACAUUAUAGCACAUGUAUGCAUGUUUGUUAUCUAGUGUGGUUAAACCAUUAAAAAAAACCCAAAACUUAGACUGAGUUUUAGCACACAUGAGAAACUUAAAACAAAUCCUUAUUUCCUGAUUAAUAGCCUUUGGACUAUAAUGUAACUAUAAGAGGAAACUAUCUUUAGAAACAUUUUUCCUCCAAAAGCAUUUUAUUUUAAAAAUCCAAUGUAAGUCCAAAAAAUCCAUUUAAAUAAAAAAAAUGAUUUUUUAAAUAAAAAUAAUGAUUGAUUUUUAUCCACCCUGGACAUCUUAAAAUGCAGACUGCUUUUCAUAAUAAUUUUGAAACUUACUUGCUAUGCAAGUAUUUAUUAGCAGAGUAUAUAACGACCACAUUUGCGUGUAGCACUACACUGUGUGGGCCUGUCCGAGCCCAAAUGAAGCAUCGAGUUCACAUGCUCCCUCUCCCUUCUCCUUCUCCUGCAUGGCCAAGAGAAGGACAUCAGGAGAGCUCAGUUUCACUUAAAAAUAAUCCCUUGCUUAACAUUAGAUUCAAACCAGGGAGCCACAAACUCUGGUAAGUUUCAUAACAAGCCAGCUUCAAACCACGGGUUAUGAAGCUGGCCUGUGAAACAUAUCAAAAAUUGUUUUGAACCAGGAUCCCCUGGUUGGUUUGCAACAGUAAGUUGAGAUUUAUUAAAAAAAAUAAAAUGAAACUGCUGGAAUCAUUGGCCUGGCUGCAUGGGAGUAAGGGAGCACAUCAGUCCAACAUUUUGCUUAUGCUCAGUCUGGCUAGAUUUAGCAUUAUGAGUGAGCCAACCCAUUGAAUCCAUGUGGGUGAUUCUAUUCUUUUUUAUUGGCUAAUCAGUGUAAACUUACUCAAAUGGUUAGAUUUUUCUUUCUUUCUUAUUCACAUAGGCUACUGAGGGCCCCUGCAAAGCUCCCAAACCAGGAAUGCUAGACUUUGUCAAAAAGGCCAAAUGGGAUGCAUGGCAAUCACUUGGCAAUUUGCCACAGGUGAGUAGUAUGCUACGAAGGGCAAAUUUAUUUUAUUCGGCCUUUGUUUUAUUUGUAAACCAUCUUUCAAAAAUAAAAGUUCUUCCCAGGGCAGUUCACAUAAUAUAUAUCAAAUAGGGUCGUGCACUGUCCACCCACGUCCCCUACUCCAGGGAACAUCCCAGGCAGAAUCAGUUUUGGGUGGGGCUAAUGUUUUAUUAGGGAUUUUCGUGGGAGAAGAAUGAAAUCCUGUGUCUCCUUCCUACCUCCCUCUCAUCUGAAAGCAGGAGGGCUCAAUCCUGUGGGGUGCUGCUUCUUGCCUGCACCUUCCCUGUGGAGAGCAUGCUGGUGAAGCCUCUCUAGGCUUCCAAGGUAGCCGCCUAAAGGCGACUGAACGCACCUUGAACGGCACCUUGUUUUAGAGGGGGAGAACAAGAAAAAAAAUUCUCCCCCUCUCUGCGCAGCGCCUCCUGCUGCUUCGCUGAAGGGGCGCUGGGCAGAGAGGGGGAGAUUUUUUUUUUCUUGUUCUCCCCCUCUAAAACAAGGUGUGUCCUAUGGUCGGGUGCGUCCUAUAGAGCGAAAAAUCCGGUAAUUAUUAUUUGCUGAUGUUUUGAGAGUUAGUUUUAUUAUAUUCUAAUAGAUUUUUGAAUGUUUAACUUGAUAUAAGUUGUUAUAUUUUAAAGUUAUGUUUUAUUAUGACUUUCUGUAUUAUUAUAAGGUGCGUGUUCCUCAUUGUAUAUUUUGUUGCUUGUAGACUGCCUUGUGUUUAGCAAUAAAGAAAGGCGGUACAAAAAAUAAAAGUGAAAUGAAACUAAGUAUCUCAUUAAAAAAAUACUUUGAAGCUAGAAUCCUUUACCUUGGUGCUAUUUGCACUGUAUUCACGAUUUUGUAUCUGGACCCUAGCUAUAUGUAAUCUGUCACCUGUUUUAUUAUACUUGGAGAGGGCUUCUCGUUCCAGGACAGCGCAAGACAGAAAUACAUUGAACUUGUAUCCAGUUUGGUGGCUGCAGAAUCUUCUCAGGUUGAAGCGACUCCUCCUGGCAGCAAGGCUGCCUAUGAAACACUAGAGGUUUCUACUAAAGACAACAUCACAAAGAUUGUGUUAAACCGCCCCAAGGUGAAAAAUGCUAUCAGUAAAAAGGUAAGCUGGUUCAUCGUACAGGUCACAAAUCAUUGGCUAACAAAGAAAGUGAGAUGGAAAUUUAAAAAAAGAGAAAGAUGCAGCAGAACUUUUAAGAACUGAAAAGUAGAGGACAGAUUACCUUCCCUUGUACUACCUGUUGCACUAUCAAUUUUAUGUUUUCUUCCCUCCACGUUUUGCUCUCACUUUUUUCUUUCUGGGUGCUCUCUGUAAUCUUUCAUAUAUAUGUGUGUGUGUGUGUGUGUGUGUGUGUGUGUGUGUAUAUAAUUACUUUAUAAUUAUAUAUAAAAAAUAAUUAUUACUUUAUACUUAGAACAUGUUAAAGCAGUAUAUAAGAAUUUAAAACCUCAGAAUACAAUGAAACAAUGUACAAAUUGACUUUUGCAGUUUGUAUACGUUAAUAAUGUGCAAUCGUCUUGAGAAGGCUUCUCUAAAAUAAAGGGUCUUCAGUAAGCCUCAAAAUUAAUGUCCAUGGGAAGGGCAGUAGCUGGAAUAUGGGAGGUAGGGAUGGGGGAGAAAUUCAUUUUUGGCACAUUAGAGGCAAACCUCCCUAAUUUCUAAAAUGAUACAAGAAUGGAAACACAGCCAUCCUCUGAAUUUUGCAAUGUAGUUUGCCCACCAAGUAAUGUGUACAAAAAUUAGGGUAUACUAGGGUAAUAUAAAUGGAACGCGGGUGGUGCUGUGGGUUAAACCACAGAGCCUAGGAUUUGCCGAUCAGAAGCUCGGCGGUUCGAAUCCCCGCGACAGAGUAAGCUCCCGUUGCUCGGUCCCUGCUCCUACCAACCUAGCAGUUCGAAAGCACAUCAGAGUGCAAGUAGAUUAAUAGGUAUCGCUCCGGUGGGAAGGUAAACGGCAUUUCUGUGCACUGCUCUGGUUCGCCAGAAGCGGCUUAGUCAUGCUGGCCACAUGACCCAGAAACUGUACGCCGGCUCCCUCAGCCAAUAAAGCGAGAUGAGUGCUGCAACCCCAGAGUCGGCCACGACUGGACCUAAUGGUCAGGGGUCCCUUUACCUUUACGUUUAGGGUAAAAUAAACUGUGUGUUUGCUCACCUCUAUACAAAUCACUGGCUGAUGGUGGUAGGGAAAUGCAUUUAAAACAUUUGGAUGGCUUCUCUGCUCAUCCACACACUCACAUCUCUUGGUCCUUCCUUUCAUAUAAGCAAAAUGUUAAGCAUGUAUAUAUUUGCAGGAUUAAAACAAAAAAGAGCACAAUCCAGUGGGCUGCCUGCUUAGGGGCUUCACAUUCUUAUUAGUUAUAAAUACUCUGCAUGCCCAGGGCAAUUCUUUUUGCAAGAGGAGAGAAAAAAAGGAGUUCCUGUAUUGUCCAGGCUCUGGAUUCAGCCGAGACUAUGCAGAUGUAGUAGAAUCUUAGGCAACCUUCCCAAACCCGGUGCUCCACCCAAAUGUUUUUAACUGCAGUUUCCAUUCCUGACCAUUGGGCAUGCUUGCUGGAGCUGAUGGGAACUGGAGCCUAAAUCAUCUUGAGAAAGGCUGGUCUUAGAUCCAGCUAGCUACCCCCAAAUUUCUCGAACUUCCUGUAACAUUAAAUGGUACUUGUUCUUCCUUUCUCAUUCUGUGCAGAUGUACGAUGAAAUUAUUGAAGCACUUGAGGAAGCAGCAAAAGAUGACUCUGUAAUUACGGUUUUCACAGGUACUACCCUUUGCUGUAUUCUCUAUCAAGUUUGUUUUUCUUUCAAAAUCCCAGUAUGCAAAUAAUAAUAAUAAUAAUAAUAAUAAUAAACAAUUUAUUUAUACCCCACCCAUCUGACUGGGUUUCCCCAGCCACUCUGGGUGGCUCCCAACACGAUAAAACAUCAAACAUAAAAAAAUUCCCUAAACAGGGCUGCCUUCAGAAUUCUUCUAAAAGUCAGAUAGCUGUUUAUUUCCUUGACAUCUGAUGUGAGGGCGUUCCACAGGGCGGGCGCCACUACAAAGCUCUCUGCCUGGUCCUUUUCCUUGUGCGCUGUGCCUACAGAGAACACCAUGGAACUGGUGCAAAUCUGAAGGUGACAAAGUGUCCCAGAAGGAAUGAGACGAAGCAGUGAAUCCCCAGUAGCAGGAAGGACAAGCAAGUGGUGCAGGUCCCCUUGCCCAACUCAUCCAAAUGUAUAUGGCAACACACACACACACCAGUUUCUAUCCUCCCAAAUCGUGUCUUCUCAUGACCUUUUCAAUGUAUUAAUGUAUGAGAUGGGAGAUAUGGUUUUCAUAUGGCUUAAUUGAAGUGUGCGUGCUCCCGGAGAGGAAAUCCUGGUGAAUUUUCUCCUCCUUGAUGGCUGUUGAGUUGAGUUGUGUUGAGCUAAGCCUUGGUUUCGCUUCAUGUGUCCUCGGAACCCAGUCUCAAGAUUAGCUCCUCCAGACAAACGCUGAGCUGCAGCCUGGAUAGCUCAGUUGGUUAGAGCGUGGCGCUGAUAACAGCAAGGUUGCAGGUUCAAUCCCCGUUUGGGACAGCUGCAUAGCCCUGUAUUGCAGGGGUUUGGACUAGAUGAUCCUCAGGGUCCCUUCCAACUCUUCGAGGCUAUGAUUCUUUGAAACGAUAGGGCUAAACUUGGUUGCAGGUUGUGGUUAGUCUGGAGAGAGUUUGGGGCUCAGCGAGACUCUGCAGCAAAACCGCCAAGGGGAAGCAAAGCAGCCGGGUUCUCCUCUCUAGUAGCCCACACACUUGCACUGUCAUCAUUUGAUUUUUCUUUCUUCUGUACCUGUAUAAAACCACAUUUGCUCUACAGACGAUAGCGUUGUCAAGGAGGGAAUCCUAAAAACACCCAGCUCUGAUCCAGCAGAAGGGGAGUGAGGUGAUUACCACCAAUUUCCCCUUCCCCUUACAGGUCUCAGUGUCCCCUCCCCAGCUCCCCAGAGCAGUUUUUCUGAAGGGAGGGGAGGGGAAUUGGCGAAAAUGUGCUCUGCUCCGUUUACCAGCAGAAGCCUCCAAUAGAUGGGAGCCCCAUUAUUUCCAGAGACCCUAUAAUCAAGUAGAAACACUGCAACCGGAAGGUUCUUAAUUGGUUAAAUACUUGUUAAGCUUUUGAGCCAGUUUGAAGUAACUGAGAGCUCAAUUCAGACGAAGAUGGAAUUUUAAUGUUCUAUUGACUUUCCUGGAGUAGUUAAACAUGCCUUCACUAUCUUCCAUUUCAAAUCAGAGAGGCAUAAAAAAAUCCUAAAUGUUUUAUUGUGCCCAUAACAAGCUAAAUACUUAAAUAGAGAAUGUUCACUCAUAAACAUCGUCUGGCUAUUUUCCAUUUGUGUUUAUUUCACCAGCUCAGAAGUCCUGAUGUGUGUGCUUGUUUACAGGUAAUGGAGAUUACUACUGUAGUGGAAAUGACCUGAACAACUUUACUAACCUCCCAGCAAAUGGAUUAGAGGAGAUGGCAAAGAAUUCUGCAGAAAUGCUCAAGUACGACUUGUUUUGCAUUGUGUUGAAAUGCGUACCAGACAUGCAGAAUGUGUGGUGGGAGAGGGACAGCACAUUUUAACACAUUUUGAAAAAAGAGAAAACUGAAAUGUGUAGCCUGAUCUUGUUUAAAGGUAAAGGGACGCCUGACCAUUAGGUCCAGUCGUGGCCGACUCUGGGGUUGCAGCGCUGAUCUCGCUGUAUUGGCCAAGGGAGCCGGCGUACAGUUUCCGGGUCAUGUGACCAGCAUGACAAAGCCGCUUCUGGCGAACCAGAGCAGCGCACGGAAACGCCGUUUACCUUCCUGCUGGAGCGGUACCUAUUUAUCUGCUUGCGCUUGACAUGCUUUCAAACUGCUAGGUUGGCAGAAGCAGGGACCAAGCAACGGGAGUUCACCCCGUUGCUGGGAUUCAAACCGCCGACCUUCUGAUCGGCAAGUCCUAGGCUCUGUGGUUUAACCCACAGCACCACCCGCGUCACAGCGCCUCCCGCGUCUUGUUUACUUGGAAGCAAAUCCCUCUUGAGUUCAGUGGGGUCGCCCCUAAGUAAGCGUGCAAAGGAUUGCACCUUUUGAUAAAUUCUCGGCAUUAGAAGCAGUGGCUUUUUUCACAGGAGCUCAACUGAUGUGUGUAUUUUGUGUGGAAUAGAAAUUGUGCAGCCCAAGAAAACGCAAGUUAUGGGAGAGUUUGUAUCUAUUCCCUUUGUAAGUUAACAAGUAGAAGGUUUUUGUCUUACACAUUAUGAAUAACAGUGCAGUUGAGAAGGACCUGAUACAUCUAUGUAAAAACAUUUAUAAACAUACCGACCCUGUAUUACUUACCUAUGAUUAUUUCCAUAUCCAAUUUGAAAAUUAAUGCAUGUAUAAUAUAUAAAUUUAAUAAAAUACAUACAUUUUAAGACUAGUUGGCAAUUUCAAGUGGAACAACUAAAUUAAACAAAGGAUCCUAUAGAAUUCAGCUAAAAUCAUUGAUGGUGUUCUUGAAUUUUGUUUCUAUAGAGCCUCCCAAAUGUUUCAUUUUGGGGGAAGCUGGUCACAGAGAUUAGCACCAUCACAGGUGACAGGGUAUAGUGCUGGAUCCUAAAUUAUGCCUUCUUUCUGUAUUUGUAGGGGAGACUGAGCAAAUUGUGUUGAAGGCUUUUGUUAUAACUAGUUGAUGAGGGCCCAUUUCAUUGCUGUGAAUGGAUGGAAGGAUGCUUCCUUAAUUAGUUUGCAGGGCUAGUAUAUGAAAGCUCUGUUUGCUGUCACUUGAGAGAAACACACCCAUCCUGUACAGACCUUUAAAAGAUCAGACUGACUCUGGAAGGUUUUGACUUGGACUGCCAGCUAAAACCAAGCAGAGCCCCCUACAUCAAGAAGUAUCUCUUAUAUGAGGUACUUCCUGUUUGCCCUGUUAUCAGGGAUUGACUGCAAUAUCUAGAAGCACCCUGAAAGCAAUGUGAACCUCUGGCAUUCAUUAUAGCUGCAGUAUUGGAGAAUGCAAACCUCCCAUUAAAGUAUUUAAUUGCUCUGGUGCAGUCAGUUUUGAGUUCACAGAUGCUAGCUUUGCACUGACCGAGAGGGUACAAUACUUCCCACUUCUCUGUCUUCACUAUACUGUGGAACCUUUCAAGUUCAAGAGACUGACAUUAUCUGCUUUCAUUUAUGUGCCACUUACACACCGCCUUUUCAUGGUUUUACAGCCCAAUGUGUCUGCUGUACUUUGAAAUAAUGAUGUCAAACAAAGGAAAAAAACCCUGAAGAAAUUAACCCUCCUUUCCCAGGGCCCUUUAGAGAGGGUCUGGAAAGUGGGUGCAUCAUUAUCGUGAUUCGCUGUGAGGGAUCGCAGCAUGAUGAAAAUCAAUCAUUGGGAGGAGAAGUGGUUUUGCCUUUAGGCUGCAAGUAAACACAGUGGCGCUGUGGGUUAAACCCACAGAGCCUUGGACUUGCUGAUCAGAAGGUCAGUGGUUCGAAUCCCCGCAACGGGGUGAGCUCCUAUUGCCCGGACCCUGCUCCUGCCAACCUAGCAGUUUGAAAGCACGUCAAAGUGCAAGUAGAUAAAUAGGUAUCGCUCUGGCGGGAAGGUAAACGGCGUUUCUGUGCACUGCUCUGGUUCGCCACAUGCUGGCCACAUGACCGGGAAGCUGUACGCAGGCUCCCUCAGCCAAUAAAGCGAGAUGAGCGCCGCAACCCCAGAGUCGGCCACGACUGGACCUAAUGGUCAGGGGUCGCUUUACCUUUACCUAAAACACAAAAUGGCUGAGAUGUAUUGUUGGGCAAUAGCUGACAUGUGUGUUGUGAUGUGGGGAAAUUGCUGACACUGUGUGGAAGACUGUUCCACUAUCUACAGUCAUUCUAUUCUGUUCCUUUUUCUUUCCAGAGACUUUGUCGACCAUUUCAUUGAUUUUCCUAAGCCAUUAAUCGCUGUGGUGAAUGGGCCAGCUGUGGGUAUUGCCGUAACUCUCCUUGGGCUGUUUGACGUGGUGUAUGCUACUGACAGGGUAAGUUUUCUGCAUGAAUGUCUGACCCCCCCACUCCCAAUCCAGUAUUGGGCUCUCAUAGAAAUUGAAGUUAUUUAGAGUAAAAAAAUCUUUAUUCAGUUUGUGCACUGAGUUUCCUUUCAAAUGGAGACUUGAGACAGCUGACAGCAUCAUAAAAUGUAUGAUUCAGUAUAAAAAAGGGAAAUACAAAGUGUCUUUCCCCUUUACAUCAGUAAAAAGAUGUGUUGGCUCAGCUUUCCUGCCUGUUGGUACAAGCUGUGACCAUUUAGAAAUACUGCCUGAAAGAGGCUUCCGGAACUUGCUGCCCUCCCUGAGUUCAUCUGAACGUCUAGCUAAGAUGGCUCUGAGCUGGCAUCUUGCUUUUCCUAUGCUCCUUUUGGCCUGCAAGAACAGCCAACUUUGCACAGCCUUCUCCCAGCUGGACUGCAAGUUGGAAUUUGGCAGAGAGAGCAAAGCUUCCCUGGUUCUCUUUGCCCUUAUUUCCUCCUGGCAUCUCAGUUUCAGAUGGGACAUGAGCUGUGGGUAGAAAAUGUGGUGUGCAGUGUUUUCCUACGUUGGUCCAAUUAGAAAUGCAGAAUUAUAGUGCCUCUGCACUGAUCUACUCUCUGUCUAGUUAUCUCCUGCUUGGUCUACUGCAAUGCAUUCUACGUGGGGCUACCUUUGAAAGUGACCUGGAAACUACGAUUAAUCCAGAAUGCGGCAGCUAGACUGGUGACUGGGAGCGGCCGCUGAGACCAUAUAACACCGGUCCUGAAAGACCUACAUUGGCUCCCAGUAUGUUUCCGAGCACAAUUCAAAGUGUUGGUGCUGACCUUGAAAGCCCUAAACGGACUCGGCCCAAGUAUACCUGAAGAAGCGUCUCCACCCCCAUCAUUCUGCCCAGACACUGAGGUCCAGCACCGAGGGCCUUCUGGCGGUUCCCUCACUGCAAGAAGUGAGGUUACAGGGAACCAGGCAGAGGGCCUUCUCGGUAGUGGCACCCGCCCUGUGGAAGGCCUCCCAUCAGAUGUCAAGGAAAUAAACAACUAUCUGACUUUUGGAAGACAUAUGAUGGCAGCCCUGUUUAAGGAAAGUUCUUAAUGUUUGAUGUUUUAUCGUGUUUUUAAUAUUCUGCUGGGAGUGGCUGGGGAAACCCAGCCAGAUGGUUAGGGUGUGUGUAUUAUUAUUAUUAUCAUCAUCAUCAUCAUCAUCAUCAUCUCCCUCUCUCAUUCUUUUCUCUGUUCCAUUACGUUUGAGAGCAUACAAUGCUUUCUGUACAAGUAAGGAUUUGUAAACAUCAUUACUGUGGAUGAUUCAGAUCCAAAACAUGUAUUGUCCCUGACUGUGUCUGUCCCCUGUCAUUUAUACAAAGAACUGUGAACUUCAGCAUGUCAAGCACAUGUCCAAAGCCACUUGUGGUCUCGUUCUGGAUGACAGCUGUAAUUGGGUCACUGAUAAAUUGUCUCAAGUCAAAGGCAGGCUUCAUUGUUCCUUCUGCAUAGCACGCAAACCAUGGGAAGCUUGACUUUUGUAGCUAGGGCUGCACAUAUUAUUAUCUAACCAUGUAUAGAAACCCUCAUGCAAUUUAAAAGGGAUAUUGACAAGCUGAAAUGUGUGCAGAGGAGGGCAGCCAAGAUGACCAAGGGCCUGGAAGCCAAAGCUUGAUGAGGGAGUUGAGUAUGUUUAGCCUGGAAAAUAGGAGGCUGAGAGGAGAUAUGAUAGCCAUCAUCAAAUAUCUCAAGGGCUGUCACAUGGAAGAGGGGGCAAGCUUGCUUUCUCCUGCUCUGGAGGCUAAGACCUGAACCAAUGGCUUCAAGUUACAAGAAAGGAGAUUCCGACUAAACAUCAACAAGAACUUUCUACAGUAAGAACUGUUUGACAGCGGAAUGGACUCCCAUAGGAGGUUGUGGACUCUCUUUCCUUGGAGAUGUUUAAGCAGAGGGUGCAUGGCAAUUUGUCAUGGAUGCUUUACUUGAAAUUCCUGCAUUGCUGGGGAUUGGACCCCUUCCAACUCUGCAAUUCUGUUAUUCAAAUUCAGGAUUUAAAAGGACAGCUAGAUAUUGUAUGCUAUUUGAAAGUGACAGCAUUCUAAAGCAAGAGUCUUUUUCCUUCACAGGCGACAUUUCACACCCCCUUUAGCAAGCUGGGCCAGAGUCCGGAAGGAUGUUCCUCAUACACGUUUCCAAAAAUUAUGGGUGCAUCCAAGGUAAGAGAGAUACAUUUUUGUCUUUUUGAGGGUUGUUUUGAGAGAAGUGCCUUUUGCGCUUCGCUCAGGUAGCCAAUGAGCCCUAUUCAAGGAGUUAAACAACUUGUGCGGGGGCUGAAAAGCCACACACGCUGUUGCCACCAGCCUCAUCUCUGGGGCUGAGCACACUUGCGAGCCUCCUGCACCCCUUCCCACUGAACACACAAAGGUUAGGAAUAGAGGUGACCGGAGGACAAGACCUGCCAAGGAAAACAAAGAACUUAUGUAUGCUACAACAGCGGCAAGAGUCUUGAUAUCACAAGGAUGGAAGAAUGAGGAAACCCCGACAAAAGAACAGUGGCAAGAGAAAUUGUUGAACUACAAUGGUACUUCAGGUUAAGUACUUAAUUCGUUCCGGAGGUCCGUACUUAACCUGAAACUGUUCUUAACCUGAAGCACCACUUUAGUUAAUGGGGCCUCCUGCUGCUGCUGCGCCACUGGAGCACGAUUUCCAUUCUCAUCCUGAAGCAAAGUUCUUAACCUGAGGUACUGUUUCUGGGUUAGCUGAGUCUGUAACCUGAAGCGUAUGUAACCCGAGGUACCACUGUAUGCAGAACUGGCAAAACUGACAUGCAAAUUGUGAGAUAAGGACAACUGUGACUUUAAAGAAGAAUGGGAACUUUUUACAAAUUAUUUAAAAAGACAACAAAAUGAACUGGACUCCUGGACAGGUUUUGAAUAAACAUACACAAAUUUAUUGAGGGUUAAUAUAGUGGAUAGAUAAUAUAAGGAUGUAUACAGUUUUACAAUAUGCAGAGAACAAUGUGAGUUGAGAAAUCAGAGAGAGGAGCUGAGGGAAGUCUUGGGAGGGGAGGGUUUGUUGGGGAGGUGGGAGGGGGAAAAAGGGAAAAUAAUGAAGAUGAUUUGUUUUGAUAAUUUGUUAUGUUGAAAUUGUUAAUAAUUUUUUUAAAAAAGGAAUAGAGGUGACCGGGACAUUGUAUACCCCCCUGUGGCCUUUCCGUGAUUUGUUUAACUCUAGUUUUAAUAAUGCUUUUUGCAAGUUGCUCCCCAGCAAAGUCCUUCGCUCACAGCUGCUCCUGUAGCAGCUGAAAAGGAGCUUUUCCACGGUCUCCCUCAGGAGGUUGAGGAGUUGCCUUCCUUGGAAGUUUUUAAGCAGAGGUUGGAUGGCCAUCUGUCGUGGAUGCUUUAGCUGAGACUCCUGCAUUGCAGGGGGCUGGACUAGAUAAGCCUUGGGGUCCCUUCCAACUCUAUGAUUCUAUGAAAAAUAAUAGUAGUGCCAGACCAUUGAUCAUGCUAGCCCAGAAUUGACUGGCAGCAGCUGACUGGAGAGUCUCAGGUGAGCUCUUUCCCUUUCAGGAUGUGUUAUUCCCAUCACCCGAACGCCUCCAUUUAGGAACGUUUCAGCUCCUGAAUGCCAAAAACCUGGAAGUAAACGCUCCGGUUUUCGGAUGUUUUUCGCAAGCCGAACAUCCGACACGGCUUCCGCUUGAGUGCAGGAAGCUCCUGCAACUAAUCGGAAGCCAUGCCUCGGUUGUCAAACAUUUUGGAAGCUGGACAGGCUUCCAGAAUGGUUUACAUUCGACAAUUGAGGUUUGACUGUAUUACUGGAGGUGGCAGGGACUAAGCUUGGGAUCCAAUGCAUGUACUCUAAAGAUAAAGGUAAAGGGACCCCUGACCAUUAGGUCCAGUCGUGACCAACUCUGGGGUUGUGGCGCUCAUCUCACUUUAUUGGCCGAGGGAGCCGGCGUACAGCUUCCGGGUCAUGUGGCCAGCAUGACUAAGCUGCUUCUGGCGAACCAGAGCAGCGCACGCAAAAAAGUUUACCUUCCUGCUGGAGCGGUACCUAUUUAUCUACUUGCACUUUGAUGUGCUUUCUAACUGCUAGGUUGGCAGGAGCUGGGACCGAGCAAUGGGAGCUUACCCCGUCGCGGGGAUUCGAACCGCCGACCUUCUGAUCGGCAAGUCCUAGGUUCUGUGGUUUAACCCACAGCACCACCCGCGUCCCACUGCAUGUACUCUACCAGUGCGCUAUUAUCCCCGCUCCGUGUGUUUAACAAAGCACAAAGGUUAACAGACGGCAAUGAAAGAACAAGCUGGGACUGACAGUUUUAUUUAUUGCUUCUGUUUGCCACUAGCAUUUUGCCCAAGUAAUUGUUUUCUUGUUUUCCUUUCUUUCAGGCCACUGAGAUGUUGCUUUUCAACAAGAAGCUGACCGCAGCGGAAGCCUGUUCGCAAGGGCUUGUCACGGAGGUUUUCCCUGACCAGGUUUUCCAGAAGGAAGUGUGGGCACGGCUGAAAGCUUACGCAAGCCUUCCCAAAAAUGUUAGUAUUUUAAAAAAAUUAAAACGCCUAUUUUCCAGGCUGUAAACAUACGGGUUUGCUCAUCUUCUUUCUAACACAUUCCACAACCACAGGAGAGCUACCGUUCCCAGAACCUUUGGCUCCAAAGUAGUUCCAUUGUUCAUUUCUUAGGUUUUGGCUGCAUGGAUGCUAACAUAGCUUGCUUCUGGCACCUGGCCGUAUUGCAUGCAUAACUCCACUAGCGAUUUCCGUUCUCCAGGUGCCAGUUCUUGUGUAGCUAACAUGGUGCUAUCUGUGCACAAGAGGAUGGUAAUGGGGUGUGUGCUUGGGUGUACCCCAACAUUUGCAGGAAUUAGAAAUGAAAGCUUUAGGGAAAAGCCCUAAGGGAGGAACCCCAAAACAUCAACAGUUUCAGAAUGCUGAGUGGCUAUUUGUGGCAAGGAUGGGCAUCCGGGAAGGAGGAAUUUGAAUGGAAUAUCCUGAAAUAAGCAUGGCUGGUUGGAGGACUGAACAGGAAACCGCUCCACACUGUAACAUGUUGUUGCAGGUCCUGCUUGUAGAUAAACUAUUCUUAAGCUCAUGGUAGUGAGCAAAUCAUGCUUGGAGGUUAGUAUUGUUUCUGUUUUAAACAGGGAAAUUGAGACUGAGCAAAUAAUGGCUUUUCUGCUGUUGCCUCUGCUCUGCCUUUUUAUUUACAUGCAUCUGCAAAACAGCUGUUGGAAAUGCACAAAAGAGUUUUUUUGAGGCCAGCUGAUGUACAGCUUUGAUAUUUAAUUCAGGUAGUUUUCCAACCUACCACAUGGGACUUUCAUAGAUCCAACAUUACUCUGUCCUGAAAUGUGGGAAAUAAUAAUGAAAGGCGGGCUAUAAAUCUUUUAAUAAAUAAGUUAUAAAUAACUUGCAAUGUAAUUUGACCUUGACCUCCUCAAGGCUAUGCAUGUGGCAAAAGAUUUAUGUUGCUCCAAAGAAAUAUUUAUUCAGGGAAAAAACAACAUAAAUCUACUCAUAUUAAGGGAGUAGGAAGGAAAAAAGGAUUUCAGCCAACACUUGGACUUUGAUCUAAAUAUUAAAAUAUAAUAAUUAAUAAGCAUAUUAAAAUUUUUACAAAAAAAACAUAUUCUGAGAAAACCUGCCCAUAAAAUCCUGAAACAUCUCUAAAGGCCUGCUAAUGUUUUACAGUGGUGUAAAAAAAUAAUAUUCACAUGGCUGUUUUGACUGUUUGGUUUUAUGUUUGUUGUUUUCUUUCUCUUUUGGCCUUUUAUUGAUAAUUUUUUGGGGGUGGAUGGGGGCUGUUCUUUCAAACACAUGUCUAUCUUUGACCUUUUCAAAUCCUUUGUGAGUUUUUUUGUGUGGGUCUUCUAUCAGGCAGUGGAGAUACAACAGUAAUUAUUAAACUCUGGCUUUCAUCUGUCAGUUUCACCUGCUUUUCUAUGAUCUAUUGAUUGGCUACAUCACUUAAAAAACUUUAGUGGUCAUUAACAUCUUUCUCUUGUCACAGAGGGCAAUUUUUAUAGCCUUAUUGAUUUGGUUUUCUAAUUCAUAUGGUUAAAAUCCUCUCAAAAUGUGAAAGUAUGAAUUACACAAUAUUGCACUUCAGUGUGAAAUGCAUGUGCUUAGUUCAUCUGGGAAUUAUGUGCUCAGAAUAAAAGAAUCGGAUCAGGAAAAAAUAGCCUGAACUGUCUUAUUACCCACUUUUCUUUUUUAAAAAAAAUUCCCUUAAGCCAUAUUAUUUUCUCUCUGCUUUGGGAGUUCUAGAAGAAAAAUAUAUACAUAUUUAUAUAUACAUGUAUAUAUAUAUACAUAUAUAUAUAUAUAUACAUAUAUACAUAUAUAUAUAACAGCAACUUCAAAAUGGCCCAUUUAUAGCAGAGUCAGUUUUAACAAGUAUUGAUGUAAGCUCUGAUUUUGGACAUUAUCCUGGUUUGCAUAUUUCUCUGUCUCCAACCAAUCCAGAAACCAUCAGACACUGACAGAUCUGUUUGACUCCAACUAAUAGUACCAUCUAUGAAGUUCUUCUUCCAUCUGUUUGUAGAUUCAGGGUACAGUGGUGCCCCGCAAGACGAAUGCCUCGCAAGACGGAAAAACCGCUAGACGAAAGGGUUUUCCGUUUUGAAGUUGCUUCGCAGGACGAAUUCCCCUAUGGGCUUGCUUCGCAAGACGAAAAUACCUUGCGAGUCUUGAGAUUUUUUUUCGCUUUUCCCCCCCUUUAUCUAAUCUGCUAAGCCUUUAAUAGCCUUUAAUAGCCUUUUAGCAGCUAAUCCCCUAAGCCUUUAAGCCUUUAAUAGCCGCUAAACCGCUAAUAGCGCUAAUAGCGCUAAUCCGUCAAUGGGCUUGCUUCGCAAGACGAAAAACCGCUAGACGAAGACUCUCGCGGAACGGAUUAAUUUCGUCUUGCGAGGCACCACUGUAUUGGUUUCUUACUGAGGAUACCAUUGACACUAAAUACCGUUCGGCAGUUUAAUUCUGGUGAGCUUUCUGUACUGUGCAAAAUCUGCAGGACCGCCCAGUGGAAAUUAUUACAAGCAGAAAAGCAUGGCAAGAUCAGCAUUAUCAACCUUACCUGCUUUUCAUCUUGUAUAUGCUAACAAAGACACUCAUGGCGGUAGUCUUGGUCCUGUUUAAACAGAAGAGAAUUUCCUGUGCCAUUUUUUCGUGCUGCACUAUAAUCUGCUUAAAUCACAAACUUUUUUUUUUAAAUUAUACUUUUCAGGUUUAUACAUUUCACUAAUUUUACAAUCAUUUUAACAUUUCAAAACUUGACAUCCUUCCCCCUCUUUCUGCGGUUCCUUAAAUUUAUUUUUAAUACCUUCUGCAUAUCCAGAUUAACUUAGUUUGCUCAUUUAUUCAUCUAAUUUAAAUAUAUACUCUUAUCGAACAGCAGGUUAUUACAAUAACCCUGCUAAUGUUCUUAUCUGUUUACGGUUUAUGUGUAAAUAUUCAAUAAACCAUUUCCAUUCUCGUGUGCAACCUUUUUGCUACAUUAUGCCUGCAGCCUUAGGUUAGAACCUCAACAAACAUGUGAUCCUAACACAGGUUUGCCGGGUGACCUUAACUUGGAGGCACUGGGAGGGAAGCAAUCAACCCUUUUUACAGUUGUACCUCGGGUUAAGAACUUAAUUCGUUCCGGAAUUCCAUUCUUAACCUGAAACUGUUCUUAACCUAAAGCACCACUUUAGCUAAUGGGGCCUCCUUCUGCCGCUGCGCCGCCGGAGCACGAUUUCUGUUCGCAUCCUGAAGCAAAGAGAGCCAGUGUGGUGUAGUGGUUAAGAGCGGUAGUCUCGUAAUCUGGGGAACCGGGUUCGCUUCCCCGCUCCUCCACAUGCAGCUGCUGGGUGACCUUGGGCUAGUCACACUUCUCUGAAGUCUCUCAGCCCCACUCACCUCACAGAGUGUUUGUUGUGGGGGAGGAAGGGAAAGGAGAAUGUUAGCCGCUUUGAGACUCCUUAAAGGGAGUGAAAGGCGGGAUAUCAAAUCCAAACUCUUCUUCUUCUUCAAAGUUCUUAACCCGAGGUACUGUUUCUGGGUUAGCGGAGUCUGUAACCUGAAGCGUCUGUAACCUGAAGCGUCUGUAACCUGAAGUGUAUGUAACCCGAGGUACCACUGUAUACACUAGCUUCUUUCAGGGGAAAGCUGCUGUUGGGUAGAGAGAAAUAUAAUUCACACUAAUCCAUUGUACCCUGCACCCAUCCUAACCCCCAACCCCCAAAUUUGUAUUACCAGCCAGAUUUGGGAUUUUGUGGCUUGGAAUUGCACAUUCCACACUUAACGAUGGAUUUUUUAUUUAUUUAUUUCUCUCUCCAGAGUUUGGCAGUCUCCAAGCAGUUGAUGCGAAGCAUGGAAAAGGAGAAGCUCCAUGAAGUUAACUCCCAAGAGUGCGAAUGUCUCAAAGGGAGAUGGCUGUCCGAUGAGUGCAUGAACGCCAUAAUGAGCUUCUUUCAGAAGUCCAAGCUCUGAUCUCUUGCCAACUGCGCAGAAAGAAAUGUCUGUAGAAUAGUUCCGUUCCUCUUACCAGAAGACUAAAUUUCAUUCAACGAAUCCUUUGAAUACAUAUCCACGUUGUGCCUUAACAGGGACGAGCGUAAUCCGUUUAACGUGCAGGUGGCACCUUCGCUCCUAACGUUGUAAAGCUUCUCAUCUUUUGGAAUUUCCGUCUUUUGUAUUUGGACAUGAAUUUGUGGUGCCAGAAACAUCGUAUUCCUCCCUCUGGGCACUCAGGUGGGAAAGCGCUCACUGCUUUGCAUGCGGAGCGGAUUUCUUUGAAUACGACGAUGACUGUUUGUCUUCCGAAAGGGGUCACUGAUUCAAUGUCCCCAAACUUUUUAAGCUCUUGAAUAACUGACUGUCUGUCAUAGUGGGCCGACAUGCUAUUUGGUGUCCAUCUAUUGCGAAGCGGGGGGAGAACGUAGCAUUUGUGUUAGCGGAAAAUUUGAAUUAAAACAUUUACUUACAAAUACUUUGGAACCUUAUAACAGUUCUGUGCGUUUUGCUAUGUUAUGUGACACUCACUCAGUGUCGUGGGUUAAUACAGUCCUUUUGCAAACCGCA